CUCCGUAGAGGGAUGCUGCGUCACUCGAUCUCGUAGUAAAUGAGAUACGCACGUUUAAGACUUUAGUGGCGCGAACCAUGAUAUAGUUAUUUAGGGAUCAUCUAAUUUGAUUCUUCUAUCUUCCUAACUAACAAACGAAAUUGUUUAAUUUUUAACAAUUCUUUUCCUCGAUCUUUAAUAUAAUUUUCGUGACCACAUGACGCGGCGAAAUGGUACUCCCGACGAAAAGAUUCCGUGCGCGGAUGAUAACAAAGGCAUUCCCCUGCCUGAGAUGUGGCGCCAAGACUGUGACCUUUCUGUUCUGGGCGACUCUUUAUGUGGUUGUGAUGAAGAUGACGAUAUUGAAAAGCAGUGGGCCAACUACAGUGAAGGAUUGGUCUGUACCUGACAAUUACACCAAGUGGCUGUUGCAGGGUCCAGUUUUAGGCGACGAUGAAGAAUUAGACUCGUCUAAUAAUGACUGGCUCGAGCCAGACAACGCAACCAUUAUUGAAUUAGAACAGAGAGUUGAAAAAGUUCAGGAAGUUUGUCACUUACGGUCCCUUCCCACGCAGAUUAUAAACAGCAAGGAAUUCUUCGUCGACCAUGCUCAUAAUAUUGUUUGGUGUAAUAUAUUCAAAGCCGCUAGUACUUCUUGGUUAUAUAAUUUCAAUAUAUUAGGAGGUUAUGACAAGAAGUUUUUGGCUCGGACGAGGCACACGCCCUUGAUGUUGGCUCGAAAGAAAUAUCCAAGGCCGAGUGAAGAGGAACUAAAGGACGCUGUAAAUACACCAGGUGUUAUAUCCCUUUUGGUAGUGCGCGAACCGUUCGUUCGAUUACUUUCUGCUUAUAGGGACAAGCUUGAAAAUAUAACACCGCCAUACUAUAGAAAACUUGCAAGAGCAAUAGUGGCAGCACAUAGAGAGGCCGCUUUGAAGGUUUUGGGACCAAUCAAAUCCUUUGGCCCGACGUUUUACGAAUUCGUAUCUUACCUUAUUAAAAACUACGCGUCUGGGGAGGUUACCCUAGACGAACACUGGGCGCCAUAUUACAAAUUUUGCACACCAUGUGCAGCAAAUUUUACAGUAAUAGCUAAAGUUGAAACUUUGUCUAGAGAUUCGGCAUUCGUCGUACAACAGUUAGGACUUGGUCAUAUAUUGGGCAGGAGAGUCCGAAAUCGUAGAAUGCGGCUGCGCACAGUGAUGAAUAAAUCACGCGAUGGGAAGAAUACUUCCGCUUUGUUGAAAUAUUAUUUCGGACAGCUCGACGAGCAAAUGUUAGACAAACUAUUGCAAAUAUAUGGUAUAGAUUUCGAAAUGUUCGGUUACAAAUCAGAUAUUUAUCGACGUUACGUAAGAAAAUAA